ACAUGCUUCAUGGGUGGAAGUCACUUGCACCACUCUGGUAUCAAGUGAAGAGCUUCUACUCCCACAUAAAACCUAUUAUGAAUGCUUCUAAGGAUGGAAUUAUACUCAUAGGCUCUACAGUACAUCAUACAGAACACUAAGGAAGGCUGGAACUACUGAUUGUGGUAACCUAAAACUUACUUGUAGGUGAAUUAGGUGAAGAAGAUGGUGUUCACUGGCUAAUAUGAUGGUCAGACUCGUUACCUUCAAGCUUACCUGGUGUCUCUUGUUUACGUUGGGAAUCCACGACUAAUUGAUAGAAGAGUUACAGUCACUAAUGAUUAGGGUGAUAACCUAGGUGUUCAAACCUCAGACAUUUGUUACUAUGCACAUGAGUCACCCAAUCCAGAAGCAGUCAUAAAACAGGACUUGAGGAUUAAUUAUCUAUUAGUAUGUACAAUAUUAAUAUAACUCUGGAAAUGCCGAAAUAUAUAAAAUUAUCUGGGAAAAUCUCGGCAUAUCUGGCCACCUGCAUCACCUACCAUGCCUCUGUGUCACCUACCAUGCCUCUGUGUCACCUACCAUACCACUGUGUCACUUACCAUGAAUAUGUCACCUACUAUGAUGCUUCAUUCUUCACCUGCAGUGCUGGGUAUUCCCAGGGAGGCAUCAUUAGCCGAGGCAUAGUGGAAUCCUUGGAUCAUAAUAUCACGACCUUUAUAUCUUUAUCUUCGCCCCAAGCUGGCCAAUAUGGAGAUGACUUUCUACGACUUAUCUUCCCACAGUACAUAAAAGAGACAGCAUAUGAAGUGUUUUACUCAAGAGUCGGCCAGAGAAUAUCAGUAGCUAAUUACUGGAAUGAUCCCCACCAUCAAGACCUCUAUUAUAAGUACUCAAAUUACUUACCGUAUCUCAACAAUGAGAUCAGCGGUUCCCAAAAAAGUGAAUACCUUAAGAAUUUUAUGAAACUUAAGAAGCUUGUUCUGAUUGGUGGUCCAGAUGAUGGAGUUAUCACCCCGUGGCAAUCAAGCCAUUUUGGAUAUUUUGAUAAGGACGAAAAUGUGACAGAGAUGCGAGACCAAGUGUUCUAUCAAAAAGAUUUAUUUGGCUUGCGUACCCUUGACAAAGCUGGAAAAAUUAAGAUCUAUGAAGUUGCUGGAGUGUAUCACACAGACUGGCACCACAACGUGUCCGUCAUCAAGGACUGUAUAUUGCCCUGGCUGGAUUAGGGUUUCUAGUUGUUACUCGUGGAUUCUCCAUCAAAGCAUUACUUAUGUUAACAAUGUUUUUACUUUCUUAGUUUGAAAGUAUGAUAUGUUCAAACUGAUGUUCCAAAAUAGAUCAAAGUGGUGUUGUAGACUUGGUUGAUGGGAAAUAAUGAAUAAGGAAAUAUACAGUACAGUACAAGAAAAUAAAGGUGUUUUAAACCAACCUUUCAUCUGGUACUUUUUACUUUUAACCUCUUCACCACUUAUCAACUCGUUAGCCGCUUGGGCAGUUGGUCACGUCUCUGUUAUGCACUGUUGGCAAGUACUGGGCAUGAACUGGCUCCUGAAUUUAUCGGAACCUGCUCUGGUGUUGGUCAAGACUAGCCUUGAAAGAGCUCAUACUGAUGUACAUAUUGUACCUCCUUUAUAGUAUAGUGACCACCCUUGUACAAAUACUUCCUUAAUCCACAUACUAUUUCCCUCUCAAUCUCUGAACUCUUUCUUCAGCUAUUUGUAACAUACAGCAGCAGAGCUUUACCUGUGCUUGUUUGUUAAAGUUAAUAAUGCAAUCCAUUUCUUGAAAUCUGGCAAGAUAAGUCCAUAAAACAAAUGAGACAUCUGUCGAGUUUACAACUGUAUACAGAGCCUGUAUUUUGGUAUUCAAUAUUAUUUUCAUUAGUCACAUGGUAGCUAUGCAGUAUUUACUGAUUAGUCACAAGGUAGCUAUGCAGUAUUUACUGAUGUGAAAACCUGCUCUACAGGUUAGGCAAAUACUGCACGACAAGAGUAUGACUGCAUUUAUUCAUAUACAAAUACUGUAUACUGUAAUGAUAAUAAUAUAUACUCACAUUUAUAUUAAAAUAAUGUUCA